AUGGCCAGAGUGUACAUCUACCUUAACUGCGUGCCCGCGAUAGUUGCUGAAGUUUUCAACUGGAAGCCCACCAAGUACAAGCACGAUAACCCUGAUUAUGGCCGCUUGGGGAACGCUGAAGAUUUCGAAGUAGUUUCUCGCAGCCCGAGCCCUCAGCCAGCUAUUUCUGCAAUUUCUGUGAAUCGUACAAUUCCUGCAACACGUCCAGCGCCGGAUGACGAUGUUGAACAAGCGCCCAAACGAAAGCGAUUUGAUUCCCAAACAUUGGGAAGAAUCCAAGCGAAUAUACAGUCAUUGAGGAGCAGUACCCCGCGGCGAAAAUCUUCGUGCACUUCUCGACGUAGAUCGUCCUCUGGGAGCUCGGCUGCAAAAAGUGUAGCGGAGAACGGCGGAGACCAUACAGAGAGCGGGGUUAGACUUGAUAAUGGACGGACGACACCACCAGUAGACUCAGGCGAUGCUUCACCUUCGGAGCCUGCUGGAGCAACACGACGGAAGCUAACCCCUAAGGGGCCAAGCAAAUCAAGACUGAGUGCCAUGCUCAUGAAGACGACCCGACCGGUACCAGUGGCUGAGAAGCCUGUGUCACCGCCUCUCUCUCCACAGUCACCUGCUCAGGAGGCCACUGAGAAGCCUGUUGAGGAUUCUACCGAGGAGCACACUUUCGAAUCUGCUGAGGAGCCUUCGAGAGAGUCUGCUGAGGAGUUCUCUGCGCAACAACCGGAAGGGCCUGAAGUGUACCGGCUCUCAUCAGGAAAAUAUGCCGGCAUGACAGUCAACGAAUUCAUGAAAGUCAUCCUGGCAGGGUACAAGAAGGAAGUAGCGGCAUGUGAUAGCAUUCAAAUGGUCAUGCAAGACUAUGAUGCUAUGAAGGAAGAUAUGAAGGAAGAGGUAGAAAAGAUUGUCUGUCAGGAUGUGCCCGACUUUGAAUCUGAGCUGAAUCAUAUCAAAAAUUGGCGACUUCCCAAAUCUACAGACGAGAUCACGUCCGUGUUCGGAGGUUGGUGGUUCAAAGCGGUACCCUGGUGGCACAAACGAUGGCUUUCAUACGAGCUUUCACAAGGUCGAAAGAUGGACGGAAAUUGGGCACCUCUAUACCAAGCAUUUGAGUAUUGGGACCCCGAAUUGCUACCGGGUUGCCGGUGGAAGGCCAUGCAGAAUUCUAAACACCAACAACCGCCACCAAAUGCGCCAACCGGUCCAAAAGCUUUACAGCGUGAUGCUGUGAAUCGCAGCGCUUUUUCAUUGGACCCAUAG